AUAAUGAUGAUUAUACAGUUACCUCCAUUGCCGGCCUGAAGUGAAGAUCCUAUUCAAAGCUGGCUUUCUGUCUUUUCCUGUGCAUUUUCUUUAAGAAAAUUGGUUUCUCCGGGGAAUGGACAAACCGCUGAUGAUUGUUUGACUGUUUCCUCUUCACCUGAAGAUUAAACAAUUGAGGAAGACAGAAAUAUGGUCUGAACAGGCCUACAUCGAUACUUCUUCCGUGUAUGUUCUUGUGAUCUUUGAAUUUCGUGUUCCAGAUUAUAGGAGGAGGGUGAUUCUUCUGUGAGAGUGAAGUUAUUGAGAGUCAGUUUGAGGAAAAUGAGUGGAAAUUAUAGGUUUGAGAUGGAGCAGGAAGACAUAGUGAGGUCGUUGGUGUCAACAGUUGGAAGUUUCAUUCAGGACAGGUUAAUUGACAAAGAACAGAGAGCUCAACACAAGGAGCAAUGCGCGGAGAGAUUAGCAGCGGAAGAUGGGAGCUCUGAUAAGGACGCUGAAGUUCGUUACUCGGAUCAAGCAGUGCUAGCGAAUUUGGACUGGGGAAUCGAAGCCCUAGAAGAGGCAAUCAACACGUCAAACAUGGAGACUAAAAUGGCGCGGCUGGAUUACGCGGAGAAAAUGUUGCAGGUUUGCGCCAUGCUCAACUCCGGCCAGAGAACCGCCGGGGUGCCGAAUUUCUACCUCUCCGCCUGGGCGCACCUCAACCUCUCGUAUUUGCGGCAGUUGAGAAAUGAUGUUCGCAAUGCCGUUCUUCAUAUGCUCGAGAUGUUCAUCGUCGACCCGUUUUUCUCCCGGGUUGAUUUCGCUCCUGAGCUCUGGAAAUCCUUAUUUCUCCCGCACAUGAGCUCCGUCGUUGGCUGGUACUCGGAGGAGAGGCAUCGGAUAGUGAUGGACGUCGUUCCUGAUUCCGGUGACUUGUCGCUCACGGCAGAUUUCGAUCACUAUUUCAACGAAUCGUUUGUCUAUUCCGUGCGGCCUGAUCAAGCUGAAAAGAUGCAGAACUUGGAGCAGCUCUACGCGCAGUCGCUGGAUGAGAAUACAAAACUGUACGCAAGAUACUUCAAGGACUGCAUGAACUAUGAUUUCGCUACUGCGAAGAAGGGGAUUCCUAUGUUGCCGAUUGCAGAAGCGCCUAUGACCCCUUUGCGUGAGGUGAGCCGGUCGAUUCCGGAUUAUGUCAAAUUCGGGCCUAUCUUAACCAAAAGUGCUGGGUUUUCUCCGGUCUUGAAAGCCAAAGAGAGAGCAAAAGAAGCUUCAAGGUUGAGUGCGACUUCUUCCUCUUCAGAGAAUCAGGAAAUGACAAUUUGGGAGCCCCAAGGAAUUCUAGGGGAGAAUGAAGAAGACUUUGAAUCUGAACCUGAGGCUUACAUGAAGAAGACAUCUUAUGACAGUGUUGGAAUAUGCAAGGAAAAAGAACCUAGAUUGAAGAGACAGCUGACUAAAACGAGUAGUCAGAAGCAAUCUCCUGUAGACUCUCCCAGAACUCCCCCGGCGAAGCUUUCAUCUCCAAAAGGGAACAAUUCUAAGAAAGAAGGACCAUCUGUAAUAAGGCUCUUCUCCACUCGGAUUAGAGACACCGCAAAUAUCUCAUCUCUGACUGGUUCUCCACAUUCAUUAAAGGAACCAAGCAUCAGUUCAGUGGAGUCUGAUGGCGAAGGGGCAGAUCAACAUGAAACUCUGAGGAAAAAUCCAAGUCAUAGACGGCGUGCCAGUCAAUUAUCAGAAAAGUGCUACUUGAACGAAAGUGAUGAAGGAAGUCAAAGCUGCAUUUCUUUCACACACUCUGAAAAGUCGACUCCUCAAUCAAGGCCUCCAAAAGAUUUUGUCUGUCCAAUUACCAGCCAGAUAUUCAAUGAUCCCGUCACUCUUGAAACCGGUCAAACAUAUGAAAGAAAAGCCAUUCAAGAAUGGAUGGACAGAGGCAAUACAACUUGCCCCAUUACAAGGCAGCCCCUCUCUGCAACUUGUCUCCCCAAAACAAAUUAUGUCCUAAAGAGACUGAUUGCUUCUUGGAAAGAACAGCAUCCUGACCUUGCUCAGGAGUUUUCAUACUCUGAAACACCAAGAAGUUAUCUAAGUACCCCUUCUUCAAAAGAAAUGUCAUCUGAAUUCACCCCAUCUCAUGCAUUGAAUACCCCCAACCAUAGGGUUGGGGAUGGCAAUAUUGAGCAUAGACCCCAGAGAUUUGCGCGAGCUACAGUAUUAACACAGCCACCUAGUGCUGCUGUAGGAGCAAUUAUCAACUCAUUAAAACCCUAUGUUUCAUGUCUGUGCACUUCAGACAACUUGCAAGAGUGUGAAGCAGCUGUAUUGAAAAUAGCCAGGGCAUGGAGAGAUUCACAUGUUGAAUCAGGACUUUAUUCUUAUUUAUCAUCCCCAACAAUAGUCAAUGGGUUUAUGGAGGUUAUAUCGGCUUCUUCAGAUAGGGAAGUUCUCAGGACAGCAGUUUACAUACUAUCCGAGCUAAUAUAUGCAGAUGACAGUGUCAGUGAAGUAUUUACUAGUGUUGACACUGAUUUUGAAUGCCUGGCUGCUUUACUGAAAAAUGGUCUUGCUGAAGCUGCAGUUCUCAUACACCUCUUGAGACCAUCAUUCUCUCAACUUUCUGCUCACAACUUUAUACCCUCCCUCAUCCAGAUGAUCUCAAACAAAAAUGAAGACUGCAAUGACCUUCAAUUGGCAAUUGCACCUAAAGAUGCUGCCAUGGCCUUGAUUGAGAAGAUUAUAAUGGGAGGUGAUGAGAGUGAUAGGUCAUCCAAUACUAAGAACAUUAUAUCAGCAAGUGGUAUCCCGGCCUUACUUAAGUGCCUGGAGAGGGAAAGUGGAAGAGAGUUUGUUGUUUCUGUACUUUUAUGCUGUAUACGUACUGAUAAGAGUUGCCGGAAUCUUAUAGCUAAUAGAAUUGAGCUGUCACCAGUUCUUGAGUUAAUUCAUUCAGAAAAUGACCGCACAAGAGACACAUGCAUAGAAUUUCUUUAUGAGUUAGUCCUACAGAGCAGGAGAACUUUGUGUAAUCAGAUUUUGCAGAUUAUUAAGGAUGAGGGAGCAUUUAGUACUAUGCACACUCUUCUUGUCUGUCUACAGAUGGCAGCAGCAGAGCGGAAACCUAUUAUUGCUGCCCUACUUCUACAGCUUGACCUCCUGGUUGACCCGAAGAAAAUGAGCAUCUACAGGGAAGAAUCAAUAGAUGCUUUAAUUGAAGCCCUUCGCCGAAAAGAUUUUCCUGCUUCUCAAAUCAGGGCUCUGGAUGCCUUGUCAUGUAUUUCAGGGUACCUGACAACCUCAGGCAAGUCUUUUCUUGAAGCCUGGUUACUUAAGAGUGCCGGAUUUCACCAGCCUUACAAUGCUAUGGUAAAAGAAGAGAAGAGGAGAAACAGUGAAACUGACUUCACUGAUAAGAUGGGUGAAGAAGAGAAAGUUAUGAUUUCUUGGGAGAAAAGAGCAGUGUUUGUACUCUGCAACCAUGAGAAGGGUGUGAUCUUCAAAGCUUUAGAGGAAUGUCUAAAGAGCAAUUCCAUGGAGGUUGCAAGAUCUUGCCUUGUUACAGCCACUUGGCUCAUCCACAUGCUUUACAGGUUGCCAGAUACAGGAGUUAGAGAUGUUGCCCGUAAGUCGUUGCUAGAUCAAUUCAUACACACACUACAAUCCACAAAGAACCUCGAGGAGAAGAUCUUGGCAACUCUUGCUUUGAGAGGCUUUAUUAGUGAUUUUGGUGCCCUCAAUGAACUGGGGGUGUAUGCCAAAUGCCUGUGUAAAACAUUGAUGAAGCUCAAGAAGCACUCCACAGUUGUUGGUGAUAUGAUGAAAGCAUUGAUGACAUUGCCUUGUAUUGAUGCAGUGAGUAUGGCAGAGCUAUGGAGCUAUACUGAAGGUCCUGAGCUAGACACGUCCAUGAAUGGCGAGGUUCUUUCUGUACUUCACAUAAGAGGCCGGCUCAUAAGCAGCCAUUCUGAUGGAACCAUAAAAGUUUGGGAAACUGGAAAGAGGACUCCUCGCCUAAUUUAUGAAGCUCGUGAACACUCAAAGGCUGUUACUUGCCUUCACGUUUCAUCUUCAUGUGAUAAACUUUACAGUGGUUCCUUGGAUAGAACAAUUCGGGUUUGGGCUAUCAAACAAGGUGAAAUUCACUGUAUUCAGGUUCAUGAUAUGAAAGAGGCGGUGCUGGAGUUGACAGCUAACUCGAAUGUGGCAUGCUUUUCAACUCAAGGAACUGGAGUCAAGGUUUAUAAUUGGUCUGGAUCUCCAAAGCAUGUAAAUUUCAACAAAUAUGUAAAGUGUCUUGCCUUGGCAGGCGAUAAGCUUUAUUGUGGAUGCACCGGGUACAGCAUCCAGGAAGUUGAUUUAAGCACUUACACAACAACAACAUUUUACACUGGGACCAAAAAGUUGUUAGGCAAACAAACUAUACUAUCCCUCGAGAUUCACAAGGAUGUUUUGUUCGCUGGAGGUUCCUCAGUUGAUGGAAUUGCAGGAAAGAUCUUCUCCCUCCCCAGCAAGGCAGUCAUAGGAUUAUUCCCAUCCAGUUCUGACAUACAGCAGGUAAUGGUCAACACUGAUUUCAUAUUCUUGGCCAUGAAAUGUGGAACCAUUGAGGUUUGGCAAAAGGAAAGAGCAACAAAGAUUGCCUCCCUCAAAUUGAGAAGCAGUGGGAACACAAGAAUCACAUCAUUAACACCAGAUAAAGAUGGAGAGAUGAUCUUUGUUGGCUGCUCUGAUGGCAGGAUUCAGACCUGGAGCCUGGAAUGAAAGACAACCGAUAUUGUAUCUUAUCCUUCUUUGCAUCUCUGUAUAUCUUACAAUUCUUAAUUGUCCUUUAUAUUCUCUUUUGUCAUGAAACAUCAUUGUUAAGUUAUUCUAUGGCAGUGGAAAUUGUUUCCAGUUU